UUAAGCUUAUUUCUUCAUCCACAGCUACUUUUCUGCCUGGCGGUUUUUCUCGCAAUACUCGUCUCACACACAGAAGGACGAACCAAAAAGGUGGUCAUCCACGUCCCAUACAAAGUGAAGAAGAUCAAGCACACGCACACGGUUUACAAGACAGUGCAUCACCAUCACACCCACCACGACCAUUCGGACCAUCUCGAGCACUUGGAUCACUUGGAUCACUACGAUCACUUGGACCACUUGCCACCAGCUGAAGAGCACGAACAUUUCCACCACAUGCAUCUUCUCGAUGACGCACCGAUCAAAUCACAUAGUCAACCAGUCCCGAUGGUAGAGAUCCCGGAGUUCUUACCCGAUGGUCCAUUAAACCUGCCUUUGGAACUAAAUAAUCUACCAUACCAGGAUAUACCAGGGAUACCGAAACGGCUCAACAUACCUUUGUUCAGACGUGAUGACAAAACUUUGGCUUACUUUGUAACUUCAGGUCGACCUGUUGAUCCAACUUUGAAUCCGACACUUCCUAGUUUAUACCAAUAAAACAAAGCGACCAAAUUUCUUGGGCGUUGUUCUGUCAUAAUCUAAAUUGUAGUCUAACAGAAA